AAAAGCGGAUAUUUAUUGGCACUGGUAUAACAGCUGCUACUCUACUACUAGUUGUCCCAUGCAUCGCUUGCUAUGUACUAUGAAGACGAAAAUUUGCACUUUCAGGUACACAAAGUUAUUCGAGUCAAUGAAAGUUUUUGUCAUGAAUGUAAAAUAUAUUUUGUACCUUAAUUUACAUAGGCGAGAAUGAGACAAGGAUCAUUGAGGAUGAAUUGCGUGACUUAAUGAAAUCUGAUCGACCUACUGAUGCUACUGCACUUCAAAAUGAUGGAAAUAUGAGACCUGAUUUAAGUAUCUUUAGUUAUGCAUCUGUAAUGGCUGCCACAUGUAAUUUCUCACCAGAAAACAAGCUCGGACAAGGGGGAUUUGGUCCGGUUUAUAAGGGAAAAUUGGUGACGGGACAAGAAGUAGCUGUUAAGAGGCUUUCAAAAUGUUCAGGGCAAGGAUCAUUGGAGUUUAAGAAUGAAUUGAUACUCAUAUAUGAACUCCAACAUAAAAACCUUGUCAAACUUUUUGGAUUUUGCAUUCAUGGUGAAGAAAGGAUGCUCAUAUAAGAGUGUAUGCCAAACAAAAGUUUGGACUACUUUUUAUUCGGUUGGUAACACUCCCUUUAAUCCUACUGCUUGAUUUAUUUUUGUUUCGGAUUUGUGUGAUAUGUCAAAAAUACACAGAUCAUUGUCAAUCUAAUAAUUCUUUUAUAUACUGAGCAGAUUCAACAAGAGUCACGCUACUUGGUUGGAAGAAGCGUUUUAG